UGGUCAAGGUACCUUUCUAUUCACAUUUCUCGCACUUCCUCUCUCACUCACUCCAACUUUCUCCCCACUUCUCAAAUUUACUCUCCAAAUUAUUAAUCUUUUUAACACAAUUAACCAAAUUUUAAAUUAUCUCUUCAUUUUUGUACCUUCAAUAGUAAAUAAACGUCACCUUAAACCCAACAAAAACUAAUUUCUGCUUCUCUCAACUCUUGAAUGCUGCUCUAUAAUGCUGCUUCUUCUUCUCUUACUACGAGGAAUAUACUCCUCAAACUUUUGAUGGAGCUUAAUAAGCUAAAACAAGUGGGUAUAACAGAAAGCUGCCAGCUUCCAGGAAAAAAGCAAGGCCUGCAGGCAUCAAAUCUUCAUAUAUCCAGUGCACAUAAACUCCCUAUGAAGUUCUUUCUGGCGUCAACUUUUCGUUUCUCCUUUUUCCUGUUCAUCCUUUUUCCUCUCGCUAUCGCUGAUUUGAAUGCUGAUCAGCAGGCACUUCUUAGCUUUUCUGCUGCUGUGCCCCACGAACGGCUCCUCAACUGGAGUCCUGCUUCCUCAGUCUGCAACACUUGGGUGGGCGUCACUUGCAAUUCAAAUCGCACUCGUGUGGUUAAACUCCGACUUCCUGGAGUGGGGCUUGUUGGUCCAAUCCCAGCCAACACACUUGGUAAACUUGAUGCCCUUAGAGUUCUUAGUCUACGGUCGAAUCUUCUCUAUAGCGAUCUUCCCUCUGACAUUACAUCUCUUCCAUCACUCCAAUAUCUCUACCUUCAACAUAAUAACUUUUCCGGCACAAUUCCUGCCCCCUUUUCCUCACAACUCAAUGUAUUAGAUCUCUCAUUUAAUUCUUUCUCUGGUAGCAUUCCUCAAACCUUUGCAAAUUUGACGCAACUCACUGGUUUAAGCCUGCAAAACAACACUCUUUCUGGGGCCAUCCCUGAACUUAACCAAACCAGGCUUAAGCAUCUAAAUUUAAGUUACAAUAAUCUUAAUGGCUCCAUUUCGUUAUUCCUUCAAAAGUUUCCCAAUUCAUCCUUCAUUGGAAACUCUCUCUUAUGUGGAUUGCCCCUUACUCCUUGCUCUCCCAUCCUCUCUCCACCUUCUCCUUCUCCUGCUCUCUCUCCCCCACCAGAAACUCCUCAUAAACAAGGCUCAAAAGCAAAGCUGGCGUUGGGAGCCAUCAUUGCAAUUGCAGGUGGAGGAUUUGCAGUGGUGUUUGUUGUUGUUUUAAUUAUCGUGUGCUGCUGUUUGAAGAAGAAAGAUAAUGGUGGCACUGGCAUGUUGAAAGGGAAGGCUGUCAGUGGCGGGAGGGGUGAGAAGCCAAAAGAGGAGUUUGGAAGUGGGGUGCAAGAACCCGAGAAAAACAAGCUAGUUUUCUUUGAAGGUUGCUCUUAUAAUUUCGAUCUCGAGGAUUUAUUAAGGGCUUCUGCUGAAGUGCUGGGAAAGGGUAGUUAUGGCACAGCCUAUAAGGCUGUCUUGGAGGAAGCAACCACAGUAGUAGUUAAGAGACUGAAGGAGGUUAUUGUUGGAAAGAGGGAAUUUGAACAACAGAUGGAGAUGGUAGGAAGGGUUGGGCAGCACCGAAAUGUUGUACCACUCCGUGCUUAUUAUUACUCCAAGGAUGAGAAGCUUCUAGUAUAUGAUUAUAUUCAAGGAGGCAGUUUAUCCACACUUUUGCAUGGAAAUAGACAAGCAGGAAGAACUCCAUUAGAUUGGGAGAAUAGAGUAAAAAUUGCUCUUGGAACAGCACGGGGAAUUGCUCACCUGCAUUCGGCAGGUGGUCCAAAAUUCACUCAUGGGAACAUUAAGGCCUCAAAUGUCCUCCUCAGCCAAGAUCAUGAUGGGUGCAUCUCAGAUUUCGGUCUUUCCCCUCUUAUGAAUGUUCCUGCAACUCCCUCUAGGAGUGCAGGCUAUCGAGCUCCUGAAGUUAUUGAAACUCGUAAGCACACUCAUAAAUCAGAUGUCUACAGCUUUGGUGUUAUCUUGCUUGAAAUGCUGACGGGAAAAGCUCCAAUUCAAUCACCAUCACGCGACGACAUGGUUGAUCUUCCUAGGUGGGUCCAGUCAGUCGUAAGAGAAGAGUGGACAGCUGAGGUGUUUGAUGUAGAGCUUAUGAGAUACCAAAAUAUUGAAGAAGAAAUGGUUCAGAUGUUGCAAAUCGGGAUGGCCUGUGUAGCAAAGGUACCGGACAUGCGACCAAACAUGGAUGAAGUUGUUCGAAUGAUCGAAGAAAUACGGCAAUCCGACUCGGAGAACCGUCCAUCUUCUGAAGAAAACAAAUCUAAAGACUCCAAUGUUCAGACUCCGUGAUUGUCUGAAAGAAGUUGGUGUGUGAAUUCAAGAUCAAGAUUGAACAUUUCCAUAUUGUGCAUAUGCCUCCUAAGGUUUUUAAAAGCAUUGCUCCAGACCUUGUGUGCAUGUGCUGCUUCUUAUAGUGUGAAUUUAUCCAGAUUAUUUUAGUGUAUUGUUCUUCAUUUUCUUUUUCAGAUUUGUAGUGUUGAUUUUUUUUUAGUUUCCAUUAGGUGGAUGUCUCUUGAUCUGCUGUAAAAUUUAAUUCAACAUUGUGAAUGAAUUGUUGACCCUUAAUCAAUAACUUCAUGGUUCAAGUUA